AUGGCGCAUGGCAUAGAUGUAUGGGGCGCUAUGAGCCUCGAUCGAGCUCUUGCAGCGGGUUUCAGCGCGUCCAUGGCAGCCGACAGCAAGUUCUUGGCGGAGAUAGCCAUCCGCAGGCACGUUGAAGCGUUCAUGAAUGUUAGCUCGCUGGUCGAUGUCGGUGGCGGGGAUGGCUCGAUGGCGAGGGCCAUUGUCAAGGCCUUCCCACACAUCAAGUGCCUGGUUCUAGACCUACCACAUGUUGUCCGUGGCAUUCCCGCUGAUGGUUUUGUUGAGUAUGUUGCGGGUGAUAUGAUGGAUUUUGUUCCACCAGCUAAUGUUGUGCUACUCAAAGAUAAUUGUGGAUGA